AUGUACCUCGUGGUGACGCUGGGCGACUCGCGGCAAUCGACGCCGACGAUAUCGAAGACCUUGAAUCCCGAGUGGAACGUGUCCUUCGACAUGCCCAUCGCGGGUGUGCCCCUACUCGAAUUUAUUUGCUGGGAUCAUGAUCGAUUUGGCAAGGAUUACAUGGGGGAGAUCGACAUUGCAUUGGAGGAUAUCUUUGCCGACGGACAAAUCGCACAGGAGCACAAGAAGAAAAAGCGUGAGAAGAAGGACAGUAACGUGUCCGGCGAGAUCCUGCUUCAAUUCUCCCUCGUCGAUCCGGCAACUCCGACCCCGCCCCCCGCCGAUAUCUACCGGAAGUUCAGGAGCCUGGUGCGCGCAGGAGAGGAGGAUGAUUCGUCGCCCGAUGAGCAAUUACAGCAACUCGACCUGGAUGAUGACCUCGACCAGGAGACCUCGGAUGAGACAGAUGACCCCUCACGACCCGAGGUCGUGGAGACGCGCCGGCGCCGUCAUCGUUUGGCUCGCUUGAGGAAGAGAUCUCUGGCCGCUCGCGCAUAUCAAUUCUCGGGCUCGGGCACUGGUGUUCAAGGUAUUGUGUUCAUUGAAGUCGUUCGGGUCAGAGAUCUGCCACCUGAGCACAAUGUGACUCGCACGUCCUUUGAUAUGGACCCCUUCGUCGUGACUUCAUUAGGACGCAAGACUCUUCGAACGCCGGUCAUCCGACAUAAUCUCAACCCGGUCUACCAUGAAAAGAUGGUUUUCCAAGUCAUGAAGCACGAGCAGAUGUACACCAUCAGCUUCACCGUCAUGGACCGGGACAAAUUCUCAGGCAACGACUUUGUUGCAUCCGCCAGCUUCCCACUUCAGAAACUCAUCGCGUCGGCCCCGGAGGCGGACCCGAACUCUGGCUUAUAUCACUUUGUGGAACUUGACGCUCCCGAUCCAAAUAAAUCGAGUCCACGCCUGGCAGUCAGCCCGUCACCAUCAUCUACGAACUUCUUCACAGGAGCCAGGCCCAUCCUCCGGUCCCAGAAUUCCGCGACCUCGGUGUCGUCUCAGUCCAUUCUCGAAAUGGCCAAUCGUGCUUCGUCAGCCCCGAACUCGUCAGAGAAUGUCCUCGAUAUUGAUACUAGUAGCUCUACAUUGCAAGUUCCGGCGCCCGAUGCAAAGGAUCCUGCAGCCAUGGACAGUUCCGAUUCGCUCGUCAUCCCUGAAGUGGACGACGAAGGCCUACGGGAGUACCGGAUUCCCUUGAUUCUCAAGAAUCGAGAGCGAUGGGAAGCAAAGCAUUCCCCGGAGUUGUUCAUAAAGGCUAAAUACCUGCCGUACAGUGCUUUACGUCAACAGUUUUGGCGCCUGAUGCUGAAGCAGUACGAUGCCGAUGAGAGCGGUCGGAUCGACAAGGUGGAAAUGAUCACUAUGCUUGAUACCCUCGGAUCCACACUGAAGGAAUCAACUGUCGAUGGUUUCUUCAAACGCUUCAGUAGCCCAGAUGAGUCUGAAGCCGCUGAUCUGAGUUUCGAUGAAUGUGUAAUUUGCCUAGAAGAUACGCUGCGCGCUUUGCAGAAAAAAGGCUCCCAACCUCCGGCCCUUACAGCCUCUCUACAUGGUCGACCGGGGGUGGGAGGAUCGCCUACCGCAAGCCAAGAAAGUGAGCGCUCAACCAUCGGCCACAGCGACGAUUGGGACCCCACAUACCAAAAAAUCAAUGCUAAUUCUAUCAACGCAGCGGUUCCCACUAUCAGCAGUGACGAGAAAUCAAGCUCGAGCGACGGAGAUCACCCUGAUGACCUGGCGGAUGAGCGUGGCGAGGAGCAUGUUGUUGAAAUUCGCGAGUGUCCUCUAUGCCAUCAGCCACGCCUUUCGAAACGGUCAGAUGCAGACAUCAUCACACAUAUCGCAACUUGUGCCAGUCGUGACUGGCGUCAGGUCGACAACCUGGUGAUGGGCGGGUUCGUGACAUCCAGUCAAGCACAGCGGAAAUGGUACUCUAAAGUCAUCACCAAGCUGUCGUACGGCGGAUACAAAUUGGGAGCCAAUUCGGCCAAUAUCCUCGUUCAGGAUCGGAUCACGGGUCAGAUCAAUGAAGAGCGCAUGAGUGUGUAUGUUCGUCUUGGUAUUCGACUGCUGUACAAAGGUAUCAAGAGCAAAGAUAUGGAAAAGAAAAGAAUUCGCCGUGUCUUGAAAUCGCUGAGUAUCAAGCAAGGCCGCAAGUACGAUGAUCCAGCGUCUGCCAGCCAGAUUCGGGAUUUCAUCAACUUCCAUCGGCUUGACAUGUCCGAGGUUCUUCUGCCACUGGAUCAAUUCCGCACUUUCAACGAGUUCUUCUACCGCGCAUUGAAACCUGGAGCGCGUCCCUGCUCAGCACCCGAUGAGCCUAGGGUGGUUGUAUCGCCUGCUGAUUGUCGUUCCGUGGUCUUUGACCGUAUGAGUGAGGCCACCGGCAUCUGGGUCAAGGGACGUGAGUUCUCAGUGGAAAGGUUACUGGGGAACGCCUACCCCGAGGAUGCUGCUCGAUACAAGAAUGGCGCGCUCGGUGUCUUCCGACUCGCUCCGCAAGAUUAUCACCGUUUCCACAUUCCGGUGGAUGGCGUGAUGGGUGAGCCCAAAACGAUUGAAGGGGAGUACUACACUGUGAAUCCCAUGGCUAUCCGAUCCGCAUUGGAUGUCUACGGUGAAAAUGUGCGCGUGCUCGUUCCAAUUGACUCCGUGGCUCACGGCCGUGUCAUGGUGGUCUGCGUCGGAGCCAUGAUGGUCGGCAGCACUGUCAUAACUCGCAAUGCGGGCGAGAACGUAUCUCGAGCGGAGGAGUUGGGAUACUUCAAGUUCGGUGGCAGCACAAUUCUUCUCUUGUUCGAGGAAGGGAAAAUCAAUUUCGAUUCAGACUUGGUGGACAACUCGAAGGGUGCCUUGGAGACACUGAUCCGAGUCGGCAUGUCGGUCGCCCACGCCCCUGAUGUUCCCCAACACGAACCAGACAUGCCAAAGAGAGCUGAGGAUGUCACACAAGAUGAACUUCAGGCCGCCCAGCGCCGUAUUGCAGGGAGUCUUGAGUCCCCAGCAAAUCCCGAAAUACUGGCGGCGUCGGCAAUGUAA